CGAAGGAUCGCAUUCUGACUGGCCUCCACAGGGCACCCACAACAACAGGAUCCUGCGCAUCGAGUGCUAAGCGACAGCAUGGCUCAUCCAGGAAGGGAUCGUGCGCCGCCGCGGCUCCAAAAGAGCCAGACGCGUCACGCCAACACAGUACAAGUGCCAGGUGCUACCAGUCGAGUUGUUUCCCAUCGUUCCGGUUCAUUGCUCCGCGGAUGCCAGGUACUCACACCGCACAAUUGCGGGCAGCGUGCUGAGAUUCCGUUCUGUUCCUUGUUUCCCCGCCCCACGCCCGACUGAUUUUCCCCGGCGUGCGAGGUGCAGAUAAUGGUAGUGUGAAGACCGUCAGCCCAAGCAGCAUGCCAGUCCUGUCAUGGCCCGAGGCGGCCAGAGAGCGCGACCUCCAAAAAUACUACCGCCCAUGGCUCGACGCGCAGAGCCUCGUCAACAGCGCUGUCGGCAUAGGAGAAAAAGGUCUCAAUAAGGCCGGCUACCGCCCAGAAGCCUCGCGCGACAAGAGCUUGACUGCCUUUGCCCAGCUCGCCGCCUUUCGCCUCGAUGUGCGCCGCUGCAUGGUGUCACUGAUCGACUCGAACCGCCAGUACAUCCUCGCCGAAGCAACCAAGACGGUCUCGCUGUUCGACACCCAGGCCGAGCGCCCCGAGGACGAGGUCUGGCUGGGCAAUGCCGUGCUCAACAAGACCGAUGCUGUGUGCUACCACACCUUCUCGUCGACAUAUACGGCCAAAGAGCGAGAUGGCAACAGCUUCACUGCCGAGUGCAUGGUUAUCCCGGACUGCCGACUGGACCCUCGAUUCGCCGACAAGGACUAUGUGAAGAACGAACCUGGCGUGCGUUUCUACGCAGGCGUGCCUAUCAUCACCAAGGCAGGCCACCGCAUUGGUGUCUACGCCGUCUCUGACGAGCGCCCCCGCGAUAGCCUCAGCGCCGCCGACAUGCGCUUCAUGCAGGACGUGGCUGCUGCUGUCAUGGAGCACCUUGAGCUUGCCAAGGACAGCGACGACCGAGUCAAGGGCGAGCGCAUGGUACGUGGUCUGCAGCAGUUCAUCGAACGAUCCUCGGUCGCCGACAUGCGAGACGAAGCUGGACCCAGGAUGUCGACUAUGGAACGCCAGACAGAGAACGCACGUCUCCAGACUCUCGAAGAAGACGAUGCCUCAGGCACCGGCACUAUAACACCCUCCACUGCGACCAAACAUGCUCAGCGCAAGGCACAUAGCGAGUCGGACACUGCUCGUAUUUUUCAUAGGGCAGCACGCAUCAUGCGCCAGUCAACCAUGGCAGAUGGAGUGGUCUUCUUUGACACAUCAGCAGCCGGCAUCAAAGGCGGUCUCUACGACGAUCCAAUGGCAAGUAGCGACGAAAGUGUCACCAACUACACGACCGAUUUCGAUACCGCCGACUCCACUGCAACAUCCAGACGCCGCAGGAGACAGAAAGUUGCGUUCGAUACAGAGACCUCAGAAGCCAGAAGCAUGCCCUCUGAGGCCGACAGCAAGGUCUGUCCUGUAGCCGGGCUCUCGUUGCGCCAAGGCUUUGCAACCAUAUCCCAAAAGGACUUUGCAUUCAACGAAGCAGCCAUGGAACGCUACAUCCACCGCUAUCCCUAUGGCAAAUUUUUCAACUACAACGAAGAUGGUGCGGGGAUCAACUCGAGCGACGAGAAAUCCGAACGCUCGGAGACAGAUCAAUCGGAUCGGACAACGACCUCGCCCAACGGUCCCACCAGAAGGAGAAAACGAAGAGAAAGGUUUAUCCCUACAGAGUUUCUAAAAGUCCUGCCCAAUGUGCGAACACUCAUCUUCUUGCCUUUAUGGGAUCCCUCAACUGAGCGCUGGGUCGCUGGAGGUUUCAUCUGGACAACGCAAGCCGGAAGACUGAUGAGCCCUGAGAACGAGCUUCCCUACCUCCAGGCCUUUGGCAACAGCAUCACGAGUGAAGUGGCACGCCUGAGCGCGCAGAAGGCAGAUCGUGCCAAGACAACGUUCAUUGCUUCCAUUUCCCAUGAACUUCGAUCCCCUCUUCACGGUAUUCUUGGCUCAGUGGAAUUCCUUCGUGAUACAGUGGCAUCUGCGUAUCAAGAGUCAUUGGUAACUUCCAUCGAGACUUGCGGAAAGACGUUACUGGAUACCAUCGACCACGUUCUUGACCAUGCAAAGAUCAACCGGCUGCGUAACACAGCUGCACGGAGAAGACAACGAGGCUCCGAAGGUCGGACGAAGAGGUUGCCAUCCGACAAUUCUAUACUUGGCGUCACAGCCGACUUUGACCUAGCCCAAUUGGUCGAGGAAGUUUGUGAUACGGUUUGUGCCGGCCACACCUUCCGUCAAACACACCGGAUCAAUGGGGUCGCUGCAGACGUCGACACCAAACGGAGUAACGUAAGCGGGAUCACGAGCGAAGUGGUCCCUACUGCGAAUGACGGCAAACUUGUGGUCGGCAAAGACAACGGAGCAGUUAUCGUGUCACUGAUUGUCGCGCCGUACGUCAACUGGGCCGUUCGCUCUCAACCUGGUGCCCUUCGCAGGAUUGUCAUGAAUCUACUUGGCAACGCCUUGAAGUACACUGACUCAGGUUUCGUUGCCAUGAAAUUGAUGCAAUCUGGAAACACGUCAGAACACAUCGACUUGUUGUUGACUGUAGAGGAUUCUGGUCGGGGCAUGUCCUUUGAUUUCCAGAAUACAAAACUCUUCUCGCCCUUCAGUCAAGAAGAUCCGUUUGCAUCUGGUACCGGGUUAGGUCUUAGUAUUGUUAAGCAGAUUGUCGAAUCUCUCAAGGGCGAGAUUAGUGUCAAGAGUACGGCUAAGGUUGGCACUCAGAUUCAGGUCUCUUUGCAAUUACCGAUUGGCCAAAGCGACACCACCAAGUACAACUCCAGCCUUGUAAACGCCCCAGAGGCGCUCAAAGGAACUUCUGUGAGUAUUUUGUGCGAGUGUGACUCGAUAGGAGGUCAACGCGGUAAGAAGGUCAAGGAGUCGAUGCAGAAUGCUUGUCAAGGCUUCAACAUGAACAUUCUAGACAUCUACGACCCAAGCCUUUCGAGUAAGCGGGUGGAAUUUCUCCUAACGGACACGCCGUCUCUUGAUCGAUUGUUACAGGAGUCAACCCCUAAUUGGGUCAAUGAUACCCCCCUCACCGUGGUGUGCGUCUGCACAGACACAGCCGAGAAGACAGCUCUGGAACGGCGGCUGGGCAGGCAGAUUGAUGCUCUAGGUUGGACAGCGGAGGUUCUUACCCAGCCGUGUGGACCCCGCAAACUUGCGCGCACCCUUUUGCAGUGCCAAAAGCGCGCCCACAAGGCUAACCUAGAUCGCCAAUUAACUCGUUCCAUGACCGCUCUUGGGUUACACGACCAUCAUACUCUUGCUCCUCCUGGUGCCCUAAAUGAUGACCAUCGAAGCCUGAGCGACAGCAUCACGGUCCAGUCGCCCCAUGAAGACUCGACAGUCACUUCAUUUGGGUCACCCUCGCCUCCUCCCGCUCUCCCUUUCUCCUCGAUGAUCACACCACCUCAAAGCGCGACGCCGUCCUCGCCCGGACCAGGGGAAGCAAACGAGUACUUCAACCCCCGCGUCCUGCUCGUCGACGACAACGCAAUCAACCUCAAGCUCCUCGUCGUAUUCGCCAAGCGGCAGAAGUUGCGCUACUGCGAAGCCGUCAACGGACUCGACGCAUUCGAGUCAUUCAAGUCCGAGGCUACCUCCACUACGCCGCCAACACGGCCCUUUGACUUCAUCCUAAUGGACAUCAGUAUGCCCAUAAUGGACGGCCUCGAGAGCACCCGCAAUAUCCGCAAGUUCGAGAAGGAACACAACCUGCCGCGGAGCCACAUCGUGGCCUUGACUGGGUUGGCAAGCGCACAGGAUCAGCAGGACGCCCAGGAUGCGGGGGUCGAUAUGUACCUCGUCAAGCCUGUCAAGUUUGCUGACAUCAAGAGAGUUUUUGGCACAAAGUGAGUGUUCCGAGCAUUCAGUGUCUCGCAAGGAUACGUGGAGUAUGUAGCUUAGAGAAGGAUGCGGAGUGGGGAGGGCGGGUUAUUAGUUUUCUGUUUAGCAUACUCUUUGGCGUCUCACAUCGCAUGGUCAUGAGCAUACACAUUGGAGUUGGUGGAUCUUGCAUUGCAGUCCGGAUUUUAGGUGCUUGGGCUGGUGGGGGAGCCGGGGAUGCUGGAGCGCGGUCGCACAAUACCAUCGUUUUGAAUUCAAGGUCAUCGCUGCAUUUGUGUGUAAUGAUUCGUGCUGAUUUCUUUUUGGCUCAGCUUUAGCGGUAACUGGGGAGUGGGUUCAUCCACCAGGAGUCUUAUAUGCACAUUCUGUUGUGUUCGA